AUGAAGAGCGACACCGCGGAAGAACUGAAUCGCGUCUUCAACGCCGUAACAAGCGUAAGUGGACAGGAGGGCAUCGGUCGGCCCAUCGAGUCACACGGUUACGAUCUUUUGAACCACCUCGUAACCGACUUGUUCGACCCUAGAACUCGCCUCGAGUGGGCCGCAUUCACCAGCGAGUCGAACGAUGUCCCGAGUCAUGAAACGCUGAUGAAGUUCGUCACGCGACGAGCUCUCACGCUCAAAGCGGCCAGGACGCCAAACCCCAAACCAUCCGGAGACCCGUCGCGAUCCGCGAAGUCUCAUCACUCCAAGGGGGUCGCCACGUCGGCACAGUGUGUCUUGUGCAAGGGCAAGCACAACGUGAUGAUGUGCGACGAAUUCAAGACGAAGUCCGCGACCGACCGCAAAGCCGUCGCGGAAACGCAUCGAUUGUGCUACAAUUGCCUCGGUCCUCACUUGUUCGCAAAGUGUCAGUCCGCUAAAACUUGCAGCACGUGCAAGGCGCGGCACCACUCAAUGCUUCACGACGCGUACACCACUGCCCAACCCGCCGAGGCCAACGCUCUCUCAGCUGUGCAACGGGAGGACGAUACUCGGGCGAUUCUCCUCGCGACCGCGAGAGUGAACGUCGCCGACCGCCACGGAGCCCCGCACACCAUUCGAGCGUUGAUCGAUCAGGGCUCGGAGGUCUCACUCAUCUCCGAGUCCCUAGUGCAACGCCUGCACCUGCCGCGGUCCAAGUCCUCGGUGUCGAUCGUUGGCAUCGGGGGAACCCGCACCGGGACGAGCCGAGGAAGAGUCUCGCUCAGCCUCGCGUCCACCGUCAACGAGACCAAGUUGACCGCUGUCGCCUUCGUUCUUCCUCGUCUCUCGCUCUACCAGGGUGGAAGCACGCAGGUUGGAGCCCCGUGGCCUCACGUUAAGGGGCUGCAGUUGGCCGAUCCAAGGUUCCGAGCCAACGAUCCGAUCGAGCUUCUCCUUGGCGCUGAAGUAUGCUCCAUCAUCCUUGAGGAGGGUCUUCGAAAGGGAGGUCCUUUGGCUCCCGUCGCUCAACGCACGUCACUUGGAUGGAUACUGUCCGGCGGAUGCGUCGACUCUUCAGGUUCGAAGCCGCGCACUUCGCUGCAGUGCUCGGCCGAGCACGAGCUUUCCUCGCUCGUGCAGAGCUUUUGGGAGCAGGAGCAGGAACCCUCCGCUCCCAUCGCCCUCAUUCCUGACGAGCAGUUGUGCGAGGAGUUUUUCAAUCGCACUCAUACUCGCACCUCCACUGGGCGGUACAUGGUGAGGCUGCCAUUUGCCUCUCCGCCGCCAACACUCACGGAGACCCGCAAGGCUGCGGAACGCCUGCUGCACGCCGUCGAGCGGAAGGGCAGCCGGGACACGCGGUUCGGAGAACUCUACCGCUCCUUCCUAAGGGAGUACGAAAACGUUCAGCACAUGACACGCGUGACCGGCGCGUCUAAUCCUCCCACCAACGGUAAGUGCUACCUUCCGCAUCACGGAGUGCUUAGGGAGUCAAGCGCCACCACGAAGCUGAGGGUGGUGUUUAACGGGUCGCAGCGAACCAAGUCCGGCGACUCGCUCAACGUCCAUCUUCUCACGGGAGCGAACCUGCUGCCAGCCCUCGCUGACGUCCUGAUGCGCUGGCGGUGGCACCGCUACGCCAUCAUCGCCGAUAUCGAAAAAAUGUACCGCCAGAUCCUCGUCGCUCCCGAAGACCGCGAUUUCCAGCGGAUACUCUGGCGGCACUCAACUGUCGAGCCGGUUCGCGAGUUCCGUCUCAAUACGGUAACGUAUGGCCUCGCGUGCGCGCCGUUCCUGGCCAUCCGCACGCUGCGGCAGCUCGCGGUCGACGAGGAAGACAAUUUUCCGCGCGGGUCCGCGGUCCUGCGCCGCGACUGCUACGUCGACGAUGUAGUCACCGGCGCUCACGAAAAGUCCGACGCGAUCGCGGUUCAGACCCAGCUCCACCAGCUCUGCAUGGCGGGCGGGUUUCCACUCCGCAAAUGGGCCGCGAACUGCCCUCAGAUUCUCGCCGGAAUUCCACUGGAACACCGCCUGACCAAACCACACUCUUGGGAGCACGAGAUACACUCCACGUUGGGACUGCGAUGGCAUCCCAACGACGACACCUUCGCGUUCGCGAUACAGCCUCGUGUCAUUGCCAGUUACACAAAGAGGAGCGUUCUCGCGGAGACAGCGCAACUCUUCGAUCCGCUCGGAUGGUUGACACCCGUCAGCAUCCGAGCGAAAAUUCUAAUUCAGGCAACCUGGAUGAAGCGGCUGGAUUGGGACACGCCACUUCCGUCAGUGGACACGCUCCAAUGGGAGAGCCUCUUCAAGGAGCUGCCACUCCUCGAGGGUCUGCGCGUGAACCGCUGGCUCGGCAGUGGCGCCAAGAGUUCACGCGCUGAGCUCCACGGCUUCGCCGAUGCUUCUGAGCGGACGUACGCAGCGGCGGUCUACCUCCGCCUCGAGCAUGGCACCGGAGUCCGCGUGCAGUUGCUCACCGCCAAAAGCAAAGUUGCCCCGCUCAAGCCCGUCACUCUGCCGCGUCUAGAGCUCUGCGCCGCUGCCCUGCUCACCAAACUCGUGGCACACUCUCAGUCAACCUUAGAUCUGUCCGCAGCUCCCGUAUUUCUCUGGUCAGACUCGCAGGUAGCGCUGAACUGGAUCCAAAGCCACGCGUCACGAUGGAAGACGUAUGUGGCCAACCGAGUGGCCCUUAUCCAAGAGCUCCUUCCCGAGGCUCAAUGGCGUCACGUCCCGGGCCGAGAGAAUCCUGCCGACUGCGCUUCCCGGGGGAUAUCGCCAACCGACCUCUUACACCAUCCUCUGUGGUGGUCUGGCCCUUCCUGGCUGCACGAGGACCGAGCGAGCUGGCCGAUGGAGACCCCUGACAUCACUCCCCGGGAGAUCCCCGAGGGGAGAGCCACUGCUCACGGUGCCGUUACCGAGACCGUCGAAGAGCCGGAGCUCCUCCUCCGGUUCUCCGAGUUGCACCGGCUCCUGAGGGUGACCGCCUGGUGCCUGCGUUGGCGAAACGUCUCGAGGAGGGCUCGAGCGAGUCAACCGACGCGAACACUACGUGCCGACGAACUCGACGCGGCUCUUGUGCGGUGGCUCCGAGUGGUGCAGGCUCUGCACUACCCUACCGAGGUCGCGACCACCGAGGACUACCGCGCACUAUCGAAAAGGAGCACUCUAAUAAAAUUGAAUCCUUACCUGAGUGACAACGGGGUGCUCAGGGUGGGAGGACGACUGCGGCACUCGGGGCUACCACUCGACGAAAGGCACCCGAUGAUUUUACCUCCAUGGUCCCACCUCACAAGGCUGCUCGUGGAGGCUCAUCACCGACGCACUCUGCACGGGGGAGUUCAGCUGACGCUUGGCGUGCUCCGACUCCGCUUCUGGAUUCCGCAGGGCCGAACCGUCGUGAAACGCUGGCUUCAUCGGUGCGUCACUUGCACCCGAUGGCGAGCAGUCACGCUACAACCACCGAUGGGCGAUCUUCCGAGGGAACGCGUGACUCCAGCGCGGCCGUUUAGCCGGACCGGCAUUGACUACGCCGGCCCGAUUUUUGUCCGCACGACCAAGGGGCGAGGUCACCGAGCACACAAGGCAUUCAUUGCCAUUUUUGUGUGCCUAAGCUCCAAAGCCGUGCACAUCGAGGUGGUGUCGGAUUAUUCGACCGACGCUUUCUGGCCGCACUGCGCCGGUUCACUUCGCGCCGGGGCCUCUGUACUGACAUUUUUUCAGACUGCGGCACAAACUUCGUCGGCGCCGAUCGGCAACUCAAGGAGGCAUCCGGUGGCAUUUCAACCCGCCGUCCGCGCCGCAUUUUGGAGGCCUAUGGGAGGCAGCCGUAAAAUCGACGAAAUUUCACCUUCGUCGAGUAAUCGGCGACACCACCCUCACGUUUGAGGAGAUGAGCACUCUCCUUGCUCAAGUGGAAGCCUGCCUCAACUCCCGGCCACUCCAAGCACUCUCAGACUGCCCGGACGACAUCUCCGCCCUGACGCCUGGGCACCUUCUGAGCGCCCCACUGCUGGCCGUUCCAGAGCCGUCGCUGCACGAAAGGGCAGACAAUACGCUCUCCCGGUGGCAGCAUUUGCAAAAGAUGCGCGACCACUUUUGGCAAAGGUGGUCGCGCGAGAUGUCGUCCCUCGCAUCGGUGACCUGUGCAUCGUCCGCACCGAGACGACGCCACCAAGCCGAUGGCCUUUGGCCCGCAUCACCAAGUUGCAUCCAGGCGAGGAUGGCGUUACCCGCGUCGCGACGGUUCGCACGGCAUCCACGGAGCUGGUGCGACCCCUCGUCAAGUUGGUGCUGCUGCCGGGAGAUCGCGAGUCUACCACUCCCUCCGAGGACAAAACACGACACAACCGGGCCCGGCAAGUGCCGGGUUCCACAGUAUGGCCGCAGUUGAGUCCAGGCUCGAGACCCGGUGUGCGCUGUCCGCAGGGACCCGCCAUGGCUCCGCAAGGCAGCAGAUGCCUAUACCGUUCUCGAGUGUACAGUGCAUCAUCAGGUCCUGGGAUGCCCGGCAAUGAUUGA